CCUUGGGGUUUUCGCCGCCGCCGGCGGCAGGGUGGGCUUUGCGAGCCAGACCUCAGCCGGGGCCGAGCCGGUUAGCUGCCAGGAGCCGCCGGGGUUGCGGAGGAGGACGCCUAGGGCCUCAGGGAGCAAGCGCCGCAGGCGCGGGCCCGCCCAGCCGACAUGUCCCUGGUGGCGGAAGCCUUCGUCUCCCAGAUCGCAGCUGCAGAACCUUGGCCUGAAAAUGCUACUUUAUAUCAGCAACUAAAAGGCGAGCAAAUUUUGCUUUCUGACAAUGCAGCUUCUCUUGCUGUGCAGGCCUUUUUGCAAAUGUGUAAUCUGCCUAUCAAAGUGGUUUGUAGGGCAAAUGCAGAAUAUAUGUCUCCAUCUGGUAAAGUACCUUUUAUUCAUGUAGGAAAUCAAGUAGUAUCAGAACUUGGUCCAAUAGUCCAAUUCGUUAAAGCCAAGGGUCAUUCUCUUAGUGAUGGGCUGGAUGAAGUCCAAAAAGCAGAAAUGAAAGCCUACAUGGAAUUAGUCAACAAUAUGCUGUUGACUGCAGAGUUGUAUCUUCAGUGGUGUGACGAAGCUACAGUAGGGGAGAUCACUCAUGCUAGGUAUGGAUCUCCUUACCCUUGGCCUCUGAAUCAUAUUUUGGCCUAUCAGAAGCAGUGGGAAGUCAGGCGUAAGAUGAAAGCUAUUGGAUGGGGUAAGAAGACUCUGGACCAGGUCUUAGAAGAUGUAGACCAGUGCUGUCAAGCUCUUUCUCAAAGACUGGGAACACAACCAUAUUUCUUCAAUAAGCAGCCUACUGAGCUAGAUGCACUGGUAUUUGGCCAUCUGUACACCAUUCUUACCACACAGUUGACCAGUGAUGAACUGUCUGAGAAGGUGAAGAACUAUAGCAACCUCCUUGCUUUCUGUAGAAGAAUUGAACAGCACUAUUUUGAAGAUCGUGGUAAAGGCAGCUCAUCUAUCAGAUUGUCUUAGAGUUAUGUGUAAAUCUAGUUAUUAUUUAAAAAAAUUAACUUUUGAAAUACAUAUUACUUGAAUGAUGUAACAGAUAAUGGUAUCAGAAUUUUAAAACCGAAAACACUGCUUUUCCAAUCCUCAAAACAAACAUAAUGUAUCCUACAUAGGUACUUUAUACCAUUAUUUUGUGUACACAUUAAAAUAAUGUUAAAUGAUAUAAUUUGAUAUGUUGUACUCUAUAUCUUGAAAUUUUUGUUCCUUUCAAAUAUGUGUGCAUAUAAAAAUAAAGCUCAAACAACUGUA